UUCAUUAGGAAACUGGGCGCAACCGAGUCAUCGAGGGAAGGAUUAGAGAGCGAGGGAGCGAGCGCAGGGCAGAGAGGCAGAGACGGAGAGAAGAGGAGAGGAAGAGGUGUGGAGGAGAAGAAAUCAGUUUGUUUCCUAGUCUGGUUCUGAAUUAGAGGAGAUUUAGAGAUCUCUCUCUCUGUCUGUCUCUCUUUGUCUCUCUCUCUGUCCUCCUCUCACUCGUUGUUUCUAUCGUCUGCGUCACCAGCUGCACGCCAGGUUUCGCCAUGAACCGCCCCUUCACCUCCUCGGUUGGACUCGUCUUGCUUCUGAUUGGCUACACCGCGGCAGGACCUGAACCUGACCUGCAGCCUCGAGCGGUGCGUUCAAGUGCCUGUCAAGAGCACACGGACCUCCACGGGCGCCUGGAUGCAGUGGAGAAGAAAGUAGAGGACACGGUUGAGAAUCUGGAGGCGGAGCUGACUGCUCUUCUGGACGCCAUCGAGGCCCCGAAGUGGCGCCCUCUGUUGGACAAUAGAGGAAGGACGGCUGUGGAUAUCCUGGAGGACCCGGGGCAGAUGGGCCGGUCGUAAACCAACUAGACAUUCGCGGAGGGGGGGAUUCGGGGGGGGGGGGAUCUUAAACUUGGACAUUGAUGGAUCUGUUUCAAUGACUUCAAUACUAUUAUUUUUUUAAACUGCGUGUAUGCAUAUACUGUACCUGUAUAUCAAAAUGCUGUUUUAAUCUUAAAAGAGGAGGAAUAAGGACAAAGCUUGUGUGCAUUAUCUGCUCUUACUAACCCUGUGACAGCCUCAGUUAUAGAUUCUUCCCCCUGCAGUCAAUAGUGGCACGGCUCAUGUUUACAACACUAUUUAAAGAGUAUAAUUCA